AUGUCAGUCGGAGAGCUCGCUUGCACCUACGCCGCCUUGAUCCUCCACGAUGAUGGCAUCGCCGUUACUGCAGAGAAAAUCGCCACGCUGGUGAAGGCCGCGAACCUGACCGUCGAGUCGUACUGGCCGAGCCUUUUUGCUAAGCUUUGCGAGAAGAAGAACAUCGAGGAUCUCAUCGUCAACGUCGGCGCUGGUGGCGGUGGCUCCGCCGUCGCGGUUGCUGCUCCUGCCGGUGGUGCCGCUGCCCUUGCUGCUCCUGUUGAAGAGGAGAAGAAGGAGGAACCUAAGGAGGAAAGCGAUGAUGACAUGGGUUUCAGCUUGUUCGAUUAA